CACAUAAAAAUUAUAAUAUAGAAUAAUACUUCCCUGUCACGCCAGGGCGCAGGCGGACUGGUCCGCUGCCACACUUGCACCGCGAGUCCUGUCCGCGACCGCUAGUCCUAGCUCGGUCUAUAUAUACCCUCCACGCACGCUUCAACGGCGCCUCCAUCAUUCAUUCAUCAUAAGAACCGUGAUAACACGACACCACACAACGGCUGCUCCAUCGCGUUCGCUUCGCGUCGUCUCCUGCACCAUUCGCUUCUCCUCUUCCUUGCCCGUCGUCUCCUCCGAUCGCCACAGUUACCUCUGCGAUUCGAUCGGACGAUUAGCUAGCUGCUAAACCGCCAUGGGGAAUCACAAGAAGCUUCUCCAGUUCCUGCGGCCAGACCCGGCGGUGGCAGCAGCGCCGGCGAGGUCGUCCACGACGUCGGACGACGAGGACGACGGCACGUCGGGUUCCACGCCGGUGACUCCGACCACGAGCGCGAGCGCGGCGGCGUCGCCGUACGCCUCGUCCCCGUGGACGCAUCUCCCGGGGCUCGGCCCCGGUCCCGCGGCGGAGGCGACCGAGCUCCUCGGCUCGCUCGUCAAGGAGGACGGGGGCCACGUCUACUCGCUGGCGGCGGCGGGGGACCUGCUGUACACGGGCACGGACUCGCGGACCGUGCGGGUGUGGCGGGAGCGGGACCGCCGCGAGCUGGGCGGCUUCCGCUCGGGCAGCGGCCUGGUGAAGGCCAUCGUGGUGGGCGGGGACGGCCGCGUCUACACGGGGCACCAGGACGGGAAGGUGCGCGUGUGGCGCGCGCCGCAAUCGGCGGACGAGGUCGUCGAGGACCCCUCCGCGCUCCGCCGCGUGGGGACGCUGCCCCGGCUCCGCGACGUGCUCCGCAGCUCCCUCCUCCGCCCGUCGCAGCCCAUGCUGCGGCACUCCGACGCCGUGUCGGCGCUCAGCCUGGACGCCGCGGCGGGGCUCAUCUACUCGGCCUCCUGGGACCGCACCUUCAAGGUGUGGCGCGUGUCCGACUUCCGGUGCCUCGAGUCCGUGGUGCGCGCCCACGGCGACGCCGUCAACGCCGUCGCCGCCGCGGGCUUCGACGCGCUCGUGCUCACGGGCUCCGCCGACGGCACGGUCAAGGCGUGGCGGCGGCGCGCGGCCGAGGGCAAGGGCCGGGCCACGCGGCACGUCAUGGAGCGCGUGCUGCGGGAGGGCGACGGCGCCGUCACCGCCAUCGCGGUGUGCGCGCAGGCCCGCGUGGCGUACGCCGGCUCCUCGGACGGCGCCGUCGCGCACUGGCAGUGGCCGCGGGGCGCCGCGCCCAGGAGCGGCGCCGCGCCCAGGAGCGGCGCCGCGCUGCGGGGCCACAAGAUGGCCGUGCUGUGCCUCGCGGUGGCCGGUCGCGUCGUCGUCAGCGGGUCCGCCGACCGGACCAUCUCCGUGUGGCGGCGCGGUGAGGGCGCCAGCCACGCGCUCCUCGCCGUGCUGACGGGGCACACGGGGCCCGUCAAGUGCGUCGCCAUGGACCAGAAGGAGGAGGAGGAGGAGGAGGAGGAGGAGGAGGAUGAUGAGGGCGCCGCCCCACGCCGGUGGGUCGUGUACAGCGGCAGCCUCGAUGGGUCCGUCAAGGUGUGGCGCGUCUCCGAGUCGGACGGCGGCGGCGGCUUCGCGCCCGACCUGACGAUGUCGACCCCCGCACUCCACUGGAAGGGCUUCUCGCCUUCGCCGCCGCCCCGCGCGCACCGUGUGCAACCGAGAAUAGAAGAAUAGCUAUAGCUCUGGCGGUACACGACGGUGUACGUCGUAUUCUUCUACAUCCGUAUGGCGCUGUUUUUGAAUCGGUGGCAAUGGUGCGUUGCAUCUCUAGCUAUUGCCUAUUAGUAGCCGGCACGCUGACGUGGCCGGCUGCCGGUGACCGGUGAGCAAUCACCUGCACGGCUGCACCUGCUGGCGCGAAAGAAAGAUGGGGAAGAAACUGGGAGCGUUUUCUUUUGUGUUUUUUCGGACUUUUUGGGGCUUGCGUUUGCUGGUUUGCAAGAAAAAAAAAGAUGUACAGAUUGAUUUUGCUUGCGGACAAAGGAAAGAAGGUCAUCCGACGGCUGCUCUGCAUCCA